AUGCAAGAUAUUUUCAUAGCCAAUUCUAAUAUACGUAGGAAUAAAAUUAUCCAAAAAAAUAACAAACAACAACUGGUAGACCGGGUACACACAGUACUGUCUCAUCUCUCCCAUAUACUCGCUAAUCGUCUCUACCACAAGCUUAGCAAGCGUCGGCUCGCCCGUUUGCGAGUGUCCAUCUUCAUACCACUUUUUCGUAAACAACUUGCACAACGCCGGCGUCAAAUCGUUCAUGAUUAUGUCGGUGAUUGCACUCAAUAUCUCAGAAAUCAACGCGUUAGAACUCUCCGACGCAACAUCAAACGCCUUACCAAUCCGUGCAUGGUAGUUGGUGUGCACCUUCUCUUUGUAUGUCGGGGCAAAUUUGUCGUUCAUUAUAUCAUCACUAAUGUCCAACGAGUUCGCCAACGCCGCCAAGUACUCAAUCAACCCCUCCCUCAGGAGCUUGCUCUGCUCUUCUGGCGACAAACUGUCAAUGUCAACCACCGGCGGCUUCUUCCUGAACAACCGUUUCGCCUUACUCUCCUUAAUCAAGUACCCUUCAUUGUUAAACACCGACAUGUACCGGUCCAUCUCGUCUUCAACCACUUCCCUAAAAUUGGCAAUACGCUUGACAUAGCAUUCUGA